AUGAAAAACUCUACGAUAGAGGCCCUUCUAAUCAACUGUACGAAAAUAAUCGGACUAGUUCAAAUUCUUGGCACGGCAGAUCCAGUGGUCAGAUCGAACUAAAAAAAUUCAUAAAAAAAUUUUUCAGAAGUUGGAUAAUCUUCUGAGCACAGUUGAAUUUAUCGAAGGCUGUCUUUUUAUCAGUAAUACUAAUCUGAAAAAUCUCAACUUCCUACGAAAUUUGAAGGAAGUCAAUUGCACUUCUGCGACCGUCCAACAACGUCAGAUAUUUUUUUAAUAAAAAAAAGCUUGUGGUACAUUGACGACAUCGCGAAAGUUCCGCUAUGAAUCCACGGUCUUGCAUUUUGCAUUUCAAUAACGCAUAUUUCUCGGCGCGACAUCGCAUUUGGACAAAGUUUUGAGUGCGAAAGAGAAAGGACAGAAAUGAGAGUAUGGUGCAACGAAAACGCGAUAUCGCGAAUGUACCGCGUCAAUGUUUUGCUCGGAAAAAAGUAUCAAAGUCUUAAUUUUUGCAAAAAACGGCUAGGCUUAAUAUAGCAGACAUCAUUCGGGAAGUAUUUCUCAAAAACUUGAGAUAAAAAGAUAAGUUUUUUUUUUUUUUGAGCCAAGCAAUCGGGUUUUUUGGAUUCAAUUACCCAUAUAUUUUUGAUCCCAUCUUCAUCCCUGGUUUUUUUCAGGGUGAAGUAAAUGAAUAAUAUGAAUUAUUGACAGUAGUACCCUUUAAAAUUACUCACAUAAUUUUUCUUCCAGCUGGGGUGAUCGCCGCGAUUUUCAUAGACCGCAAUGAAGAUUUAUUGAGCUUCGGAAUCGGAAAUCUGAAAAAUGUAACGAUGACGCCGCCGCCGGACAUGGAUUUAGAUGAAACGAUUGUUGGAUCAGUUAUAUUUCUAGGAAAUACUCAUCUCUGCCUGACCUACGACGAGUUCAAUUCUUUAUCUUAUCUACCAUUAAUCAGCCUCACCGAGAUCCCAAUGUGCCCCACUCCGAAACCGCCUCGUGAGUUACAAUUUUUUUUAAACUUAAAAAACUUCAGAAGAUUGAAUUUCAGUACCUGCAUGUUAUGUGACGCCUGAUCUCGACGUUGAUAAAUCUUGCGAACUUUUCGUCGGCAUCGUUUUUGUGAGUUGCUCCUUUUCGGAUAUUGCAAACCUGAAAUAAGGCACGGCGUUUUUGUUAAAAUGCAAAAGCAAAAAUUAAGGGGGUUUGGUCAAAACCUCGUUCCCAUAUGAGGUCAUGGAAAAAACGCGUAAAAAUAGGAAAUAUUGAAGGCGCAUAAGUGGAUCAUGAGACGAAUCUAUUUCUCAUUUUAAAAAAAUAAUUUCGCAAAAUCCAAAAUAGCCACCAGAGAGUGAAAAAUAUAAGGGAACUUCAGAAAUUGGAAUAAAAAUUAUUAUUCCGCGAAAAAUAUUUUGAGCGUGGCAUGUGCCAGAGCGACGAGGUGCAUGCACACAGCACACUAAAAUUUACGGAAAAAAUAGGGGCGUGGUGUCACCAAACGAACGCCGUGAAGGAAGAAUUUGUUGUAUAGUGUGUUCAGAAAAUAAUCAGUAUGUGCUUAAAAAAGCAUAGAAAAUCUCAAUAAAGGUCUCUCAGCGAAGAAAAAUUUUCAAGUUUAUUUUAUUUAUUCACUUUUAACACGUUAGUAUUGACACCUUUCAGUGACUUUUCUGAUGGCAAAAGACGAAUUUUCACGCUUAUUACAGGUAUCCUUGAAAUAAUCACUUCGAAAAAAAUUAUUUUUUUGAGAAAUAUUCGAAAAACGUUUUUCUCUAUUAUCAUUUUGACGCAUAAACUUUUUCUGAGCAAAAAAACAUAUUUAAAAAAAAAAAACUCUAUAAAAUUGCGAUGAUUUCGUACUUCUGGUAUAGAUUUGAAACAUUCUGCAAACAUAACAAACUGAAAAAAAACGGGGAAAAAGUUGAAAAAACAAGGAAAAAUAUGAAAAUCAGACCAAGAGACGGAAAAGAAUUGAGCCAGCCAAAAAAGGUCUGUAAAGCGAAAUUUUUUUGGAUGAGUUGAUUUCAUUUUAAUAAUUUUUCGUGAUGAAAUACUUAUUUGAAAGCUAAAAUAUCGCCUUUUUAUGAAUUUUAAGCUCUUCUGGGAAGGAUUUGAUAGGACUGGAAAUUUUUUUGGCCCAGCGAAAAAAUGAUUAAAUGGUUUUUUGCUCCUUCUGCACGGCGUUCCACGCAGUGAAAGCAAAUGUAAAAAGAUUGCCGCCGACCGAUGGAGCGCACUUUGUGCAGGCCCCCGCGAAAUUCAAAUUUUUUUCGGUUUUUAUGUCAUUUUUCGGUGGUUUUUCAAAUUAUUCUCUGUCUAUUCAUGUUUGGGUUUUGCGAGAUGUCCAUAUUGUGAAAUAGUAGCAUAUUACACGUCUAUUGAAAGCGGUUCCAUGGAAUUUCGUUCAAAACUGAGGGAGGAGUUAGUUUUUGAAAAUUCGUCAAUUUCUUUGUUCACAGUUUUCGCUGAUUUUGCUCGUUUCUUUUUAUAUAACUCUUUGGUUUUAAUAUGGAUAUCCAUUAUUUGUUUUUCUGAAGCUAGGUUUUCAAGGUAUAUAAAAUGUUUCUUUUUUUCAUUUGCUCCUCGAAUUUCGCUCAUUUCAAUAUUUUUCGUAUUUACAAUUGCUUAUUCAAUGAGAGCUGAUUCACCUUCAUAAUAUUUUUUGUUUUCAUUUUGUAAUCAGUAAUAUAGAGUUUUCCCCUCUUAAAAUGGUUCCUGAAUGCUUUUUUAACGUAAGUGAAUGUUUUUCACAUCAUUUUCUUUAAACUGACAAGACUUCGAACAUUUCAGGAACUAUUAUCCAAAAAAUGCAAAUUCUAAAAUUGGAAAAAGAAAUUUCGAGUAUGCGAUAGUGCGUCUCGGUGUGCUUACACCCUAAACAUCAUAAUUUACGAGAAGUCUUGACCUUGCGUAAUAAAAAAAACGCUGUGUCUGAAGAAACUUCUAAUUUAGAGUUGGAGUUAGAUAUUCUGAUAAGAUCAAAGUUGUGUCAAGUAACAAGAAAAAACACUCGGUCAACUUUUCAGAUCGAUGAAACGACAGAACCCGAAGACGUCGCCAAAAUUUCGAAGAUGAAGCAACUUUACGGCCAAUUUUCCGUUCGAGACUCUCUAAUCGAAGAACUUAUCCUCCCAAAUUUAACACUCAUAGUCAAUACUGCCACCGCCGGUUAUCUCUAUGAAAUUUCGGCUUUCAAUUCAAAAAUUUCAGAAAUGCCAGCGAUUCUCGUUCUCCAGAACAGCGCCUUGAAAACUCUCAGUUUCCCCAAGCUGACGGUUAUCUUCAUUUAUUAAAAUUGAAGGCAGAAUUGUUCAGGAAUUUCGAGGGGACAGUCCAUUUUUCGACUUGUUACUCUCUGAUAAUCCUUCUUUGAACUUUUCCUGUGAAGCUGUGUUUCCCGCGGACAAAACGGCUGUCGUUUUGGAUGAGAGCGGAUUUCUCUGUUCCAACGGAACGAGCUCUCUUCUUUUAAACAAUGGUACUUGCACUUCCUGGAAGGAAAAUUUGAAUAAAAUAAGAAUUUUUACAGAAUUCAGUCGCCCAAGAAGAUUGAUGACACUGAUAGCAAUGAUCGGAGUGAUGACAUUUCUUUAUUAA